AUGUAUGACUCUUCCUUUGACUUAAAACACUUCCUUUUACUUAAACAGAGAUCAAUGUACGGUGCUAGCUGGCCUAAUUUCAAAAUUGUUGUGUCUUGGGGAACCAGGAGGCCCAAGAGGUGGGGAAACAGCCAGUUGAUGGAACCAGAACACACACAUUUAUCAAUUAAGAUCCCUGUCUUAUGUGGGCAUACUUCGUGGUACUUUGACAGUGUUUCAAAACCUGAUAUAUAUAUAUAUAUGUAUCACCAAAGAUCGCUGAUCACAGAUCAUCAUAACAAAUAUAAUAAGAGUGAAAAAGUUUGA